AUGCGCGUUGCGCGCCGGACUCCGCGCAUGCGCGUUGCGCGCCGGACUCCGCGCAUGCGCGCUGCGCGCCGGACUCCGCGCAUGCGCGCUGCGCGCAUGCGCAAGGAGAAAGGGGAUGCAAGAGAGCGCCCGAGCACGGUAACUUCAACCGUCCAGCCUUGCAAGGACAAGCUCGGCCAGGCCAUCAGCACCAAGCUGAGCAACGACGGGAAGGCGGGGUUUCGAGACGUCCAUCCUCGCUCUCAGGUUUCAGUGGGGCGGGACUUCCUGUCGGAGCAAUCCCCGUUACCUCCGGAAGAGCCUAGGAACCGAGUCCUCGGACGCUGGCGGUUGAGCAUCGAUCGCGGUGCGCUCGUGCGAGCGUUAUUCGGUGGCCGAGGCAUGGGCUCCCGGCGGGCCGCAGACGAGCUCUCCCCAUGCUGGGCCGGGGCGGCGGCCGGGCCCUCCUCCCGGCCGUCCUCGCCGCAGCCGAGCGGCUUCGCGCAGAAGUCCUUGGUCUCGGAGGUUUGGGGGGACCCUUGGCAGGAGUGCACGGAUUAUGCAGUAGUCCUCGCAAGACAAGCUGGAGAGAUGAUUCGUGAAGCUCUGAAAACUGAGAUCAACGUCAUGAUUAAAAGUUCUCCCGCCGACUUGGUGACAGUUACUGACCAAAAAGUUGAGAAAAUGCUCAUGUCGUCUAUAAAGGAAAAGUACCCAUAUCACGGUUUCAUUGGUGAAGAAUCUGUGGCAGCUGGGGAAAAGACAGUCUUGACAGAGCAGCCCACGUGGAUCAUUGACCCUAUUGAUGGAGCGACUAACUUUGUGCAUCGUGCCUUUUGGACAGCAUGCCCUCAGAGAAUAUCUGCUCUCCCUGAAGAUUACUAUCCUCAGGGUCAUCUUGACUUGAACCGAAGGAACAAUAUGGUUGUAGCAGACCUUAUUGGUGAAUUGAAGACAGAUCUGUCUGAGACUGGAAUCAUCAACUAUUUAUCAAGCUGUAGAACUCUCAGAUUGUUCUCCAACACCAUGUCUGCCCACAAUUUGCCAUGCUUCCUCUCAUGAUGACAAUGAACUGAAACUCUGAAACUGGUUGAAUAAGAAGAUCAUGAAGUAAAUAAUAAUCUAUGCAAGAAGGCUCUUUGGGGUUUGAGCAAGUCCUAAAGGAUCAUCUACUGAAGUUUUUACCAAGAAGGCAUCAUCUCCAAGCAAGACCGUCCUGAGAAGGUCCCUCCCAUCCUGAAUCUCCACAUGCUAAAGGUGACGCUGGAACUGCCUUCUAACAAGUUCAUGCGGCCAAAGCCUAGGAAGAAAGUGGACAUCUCAAGUCUUCUGCUACCAACUUGAUGGGCUGGUUCUUCUCUCCAUCCUGACCCAGGUCUCCACAGCUAACACAUUUGGAAAUAAAGCACAGCACUUUCCCAUUGUUCUGACACUGACAAAUCUCAGUGGCUGAGACCUCUGGCUUUUGAAAGGGAGGUGAUCAACAUUUGUGUCCCAGGAGAGUCUCCCGGGAUGGGCACCUCAGCUUCUGUUCGGUAGAGGAAGAGCAUUAACAGGAAGGCAAAGCCUGUUCCCCAUGACAUACACAAUCCCUUGUCUGAACAGUCUAGUGAAUCCUGGAGAGCUCUGGUCAUCCCCUGUGAUGUCACCAGUGAUGUCACAGCACCCACUGCUCUCAGGGCUUUCAAUUAGUCCCUAGAGAGUUCACCCAUAUUUAUGUCUGCAAGAUGGAGGAGGUGUGUGCUUGAGAGUGAGAAUGGGGAGCUUAGAGAAAUGAGAGAGAGGACAAAGGAAGCUGGCUUUCCAUCUCACUGUAAACCAGAAAUGAAGAUGUGGUCCUGGGAAAGGCACAGUGAGUCAUGUAACAGUGAAGUGAAAUUUUCUGUAGUAGGCACACUUGAACAUGGCUUCCCAGUAGUUGGUAACAGGAAAUGGUGCACCCAUAUAUUAUUUAGAAAUAAUAUGUACUCAGCUACAUCCUCAUCUGACAGGAGGGACAGAGAACUCUUGACUAGUUUCAAUAAGUAGCAGUAACCCUAUUAUUAAAUUUACAAAGGUCUGUUUCAUUUAUUCUUUCCUUUUGAUUGAUUAUUCUGUUUGUUUACAUUUCACAUAUUAUUCCCCUUCUAGGUUACCAAUCAGGAAGCACCCAUUUCACUCCCUCCUACCUUCCCAUGGGUACUCCUCCACCUACACACUCACCCACUCCAUUUUUGCUAUAGAAAACUGACAGUUUGUUGUCUAAUUCCCCAACCAUGGUCAGCAGCAGCUGUGGAUGGAAAAUAUUACAGUUAAAUAGCUGACAUGGAAAACAUUUUUAAAAUAAUUAAUAGGAAUUAUAAAUAUUAUACUUUCUGAUAAAUUGAAGAAAUAUAUAGGAAAAGGGUUAAAAUUGAUGAAUUCAAAGGGAAAUGAUAUAGUCAAAAUGAUAGUAGUAAUAAAUUCAUGAAUACUAACUGACAAAAGAUGUAGAGAACUUUUCUGAUAGAAUUCCAGAUGUUUGUGGGAGUGAUUUCAAAAGAAUGGAAGAAAUAUAAAGAAAGAUAUGUCAAACUGAGAAUAGGAUAGAAAAUAAUAUAGAUAAAAUAGUACUAAGAGAAAAUGUAUCUAUACUAACUGACAAGCAAUGUAGACAACUUUUCUGAUUGAAUCAAAGAUUUCAUGGAAAAAUAUCUGAUACAAUUUAAGAAAUAUAUAAGAAAAAAUUUUACAGUGAAGAAUUCGAUAAAAAUAAUGUAAAUUAAGGUGUAUACAUAGUUAGUAUAUCAAAACAAAUUGACACUACAUGUAGUAAAAUAAUCAGAUGAAAUUGAAGAUUUUCAUGGAAAAUUGUUUUGAUAAAAUUGAACAAAUAUAUAGAAAAAUGGGUUAAUAUUGAAACUUGGAAUCCAAAUUAAAGGAGAUGUAAGUAGAAAACAUUCCUAAACUAAAUGAAUACUCACACUGAAAAUUUUGAAUAAAUAGAAAAUUUACAUGGAAAAACAUUUUUGAAAAAAAAUGAAAGGAAUAUAUAGAAAAAAGUUUGAAAUUCAAAUAUUGUAUGGAAAAUAAUUUCCCAUAAUAGAGUCUGUAUUAAUGCAAACUGACAAAGCUUGUAGAACAAUUUUGAGAUAAAAUGGGAGAUAUCAUUGAAAAUAUGUGAUAAAAUUGAAGAAAUAUAUAGAAAGAAAUGUUAAAAUUGAAUAUUUUGAUGGAAAUUGACACUUGUCAAAUAGUAUGCAUUGAAAACCUUUACAAAUUGAAAGAGUAAGUAGAAAUUUUUU